CUUUUGCUUUAAUUGUUACCUCUUUAAGCAACCAGGAGCUGAAAAAUAUGGUAUCGAAUCCUUCACAUGUGUGGGGUUUAGAAAUUGGAAGACCGCAACUAAAAGUUUUGACUACCAUGUUGGUAAAGUCAAUAGUUCUCACAAUAGAGCAAGAAGGCAUUGUGAGGAUUUCAAAAUUCAAAGACAAUGUGUGGAUUAUGUCAUGGCUACCGCCUCCAAGAAGGAAGAGGAAGACUAUAGAGCUCGAAUUACUAUUAUGUUAGGUAUUGCAAAAUUUCUUCUAUUACAAGCUCUUGCUUUUCGUGGACACGAUGAGUCUUCUAGCUCAAAGAAUAAGGGGAACUUCCUAGAAAUGCUGAAAUGGUAUAAAGAGAAGGAUGAAAAGGCUGCAAAGUUGCUUGACAAUGCUCCUGGAAAUAAUUUAAUGACUUCACCAAAAAUACAAAAGCAGUUGUGCAAAGCUUGUGCACAAAUGACCACCAAAGCCAUUAUUGAUGAUAUUGGAGGUAGACAAUUCGCCAUGCUUGUUGAUGAGGCACGAGAUGCAUCUAUCAAGGAGCAAAUGGCUGUGGUUUUAAGGUAUGUCAAUAAUAAAGGGCAGGUGAUAGAGAGAUUUCUUGGGUUGCAACGACGUAUACUAGAUGAAAAUCCAUAUGCCUUUUAUAUCCAUUGCUGUGCCCAUCAGUUGCAAUUGGUGGUUGUCUCGGUUGCCAAGUGUUAUUCUUUGUUUUGGAUUUCUUUAACUACAUCACUUUGAUUGUUAGCACUUUUAAUGCUUCUUGUCAAAGAAGAGAUAAAUUGGCCCAAGAUCACCAUGAUAAUAUUCUGAACAAAUUGGAGGCUAGUGAAAUUUUCACUGGAACGGGGGAAAAACCAACAAACAAACCUUGCAAGACCAGGUGAUACGCGUUGGGGCUCACAUCAUAAGACAUUGUGUCGUCUUCUUCUCAUGUGGGAUUCGGUCCUAGAGGUAUUAGAGAAUUUGAGCCAUGAUGCCACUAAUGAAACACAAUAAACCACAGCUUCAGGUUUGUUAGAAAAAAUGGAGAGUUUUGAAUUCAUAUUUAUAUUUCAUCUUAUGAUUAGAAUAUUGGGCAAGACUAAUGAUCUAUCACAGUGCAUGCAAAAGAAAGAUCAAAACAUUGUACGUGCUAUAGGAUUGAUUGGGACCACAUUGAAUACAAUUCAAAACAUAAGAAAUCAAGGUUGAGAUGAGCUUUUUGAAGAGGUAAAAACCUUCUGUCUCCGUCAUAAUAUUAGUAUGCCAAAUAUGUCAGACAAAAUACUAGUUAGGGGUCGUUCAAGGGGUCGUGGCUGCAGGAUGAUAACUCACUAUGAUCAUUUCCAUCAUGAAAUAUUUAUUGUCGUGCAUGACCAAAUUAUUGUUGAGUUGAACAAUCGUUUUGCUGAAAGAUCUACUUAGUUAUUGAGGUACAUUGCUUGUCUUGAUCCGAGGAAUUCUUUUGCCAACUUUGAUGAAGACAAGUUAAUUGAACUUGCUAGGAUAUAUGCUGCUGACUUCUCCAAUAUGAUUGUGUAGUCCUUAGGGACCAACUUGCACAUUUAUUGCUGAUGUUAGAGAUGAUGUAGAUUUCACAAACUGUGUUGAUCUUGGAAAUCUUGCUGUUAAGAUGGUUCAAUCUGAUAGAUACACGGUUUUUCCGUUGGUAUAUCAUCUUAUUGAAUUGGCCCUGAUUUUGCCGGUGGCAACGGCAACUAUGGAAAGAGCCUUCUCAGCUAUGAGCAUUAUUAAGACUGAAUUACGCAAUGGGAUGAAUGAUAAAUAGUUGAAACAUCGUAUGGUAUGUUAUAUUGAGCGAGACAUAUUUGCAAGCAUUAAAGAUGAGAAGACUUUAGAACAUUUUCAAGGGAUGAGGUCACAUAAGAAACAACUAUCCCGUGCUAGUGGUAAGUUGUAGUUUGUUACAAAUAUAAACUUCAUGCACUUUUGUACAAAUAUUUUAGUUUGUAUUUACAUCAUUAUGUUGUUCUUAUAGGUUCCGGUUCUUGUCCUACUAUUGAUGAGGAAAUGGCAGGCUAGGAUGAGAGCAUAUCUUUGUUAUUUUGGUACUCAAACUGUACCUUUACUAUUAUAUGUUGAUUAUGUUUUUGUACAAUUUCCAUAUUAUAUUGUAUUCAACCAGUGAGACUAAGUUUCA